AGAGAGACGGCAGAGGAAGUUGCCGUGGCGUCCUACGCUAAGGUCUCAAAAGGUUCAGCCGCAGUCUAGCCGCUGGCCGGAGCCAGGGUCCACUGACCACGCUGGCUGCACAUGGAACGGAGGACUCGCGCGGAGGCAGGAUGCUCCCGGCCAGCGAGAUCGGCGAAGCGCCAGCAACCCCGUGCUGUUCUGAAAAUGGUGACCAAAGGAAGGAUGUCAAGGACAAAAGUGAAAUAAAUAUUACAGUUCUCACUGGAAAUGAACAAGUCUGUGAAGGCACUGAUAAUGGUGAUCUCCCUUCCUAUGUGUCAGCAUUUAUAGAAAAGGAAGUUGGAAAUGACCUUAAAUCUUUAAAGAAACUUGAUAAACUCAUAGAACAGAUGACAGAAAGUAAAAUGCAAUUAGAAGAACAGGUACUUACAGUUUCAUCAGAAAUCCCUAAAAGAAUUCAGAGUGCCUUAAAAAAUGCCGACGAAUCAAAGCAGUUCCUUAAUCAGUUUCUGGAGCAAGAAACCCAUCUCUUUAGUUCCAUUAACAGCCAUUUGCUGACUGCACAGCCCUGGAUGGAAGAUCUUGGGGUGAUGAUUAACCAAAUUGAGGAGAUUGAACGGCAUCUUGCCUACCUUAAAUGGAUUUCACAAAUUGAAGAACUAAGUGAUAACAUUCAGCAAUAUCUGAUGACCAAUAAUGUCCCAGAGGCAGCCUCUACUCUGGUGUCUAUGGCAGAGCUUGAUAUCAAGCUUCAGGAAUCAUCCUGUACUCAUCUUCUUGGUUUCAUGAGAGCCACUGUUAAAUUCUGGCAUAAGAUUCUCAAGGACAAGCUUACAAGUGAUUUUGAGGAAAUUCUAGCACAGCUUCAUUGGCCAUUCAUUGCACCCCCCCAGUCUCAAACUGUUGGCAUAAGUCGACCAGCCGGUGCCCCUGAGAUAUACAGUAAUCUGGAGACACUAUUUUGUCAGCUCCUAAAACUACAAACCUCAGAUGAAUUACUUACUGAGCCAAAACAACUUCCAGAAAAAUACUCUCUUCCUGCAUCCCCUUUUGUCAUCCUGCCCAUCCAGAUUAUGCUGACUCCCCUUCAAAAGAGGUUCAGGUAUCAUUUCAGAGGGAACCGACAGACGAAUGUCAUAAGCAAGCCUGAAUGGUACUUGGCUCAGGUACUUAUGUGGAUUGGGAACCACACUGAGUUUCUGGAUGAGAAGAUUCAGCCAAUAUUAGACAAAGUAGGCUCUUCGGUAAAUGCAAGGCUCGAAUUUUCUCGGGGCCUGAUGAUGCUCGUUCUUGAGAAGUUAGCUGCUGAUAUUCCGUGUCUGCUCUAUGAUGACAGUCUCUUCUGCCAUUUGGUGGAUGAGGUGCUUUUGUUUGAAAGAGAACUGCACAGUGUUCAUGGCUAUCCUGGCACUUUUGCUAAUUGUAUGCACAUUCUGUCAGAGGAAAACUGUUUUCAGAGAUGGUUGACAGUGGAGAGAAAAUUUGCUCUUCAAAAAAUGGACUCAAUGCUCUCAUCAGAAGCUGCCUGGAUAUCCCAAUAUAAAGAUAUCACUGAUGUGGAUGAGAUGAAAGUUCCAGACUGUGCAGAGACUUUUAUGACACUACUCUUGGUUAUAACUGACAGGUAUAAAAAUCUUCCCACAGCUUCCAGAAAGCUGCAGUUCCUGGAGUUACAGAAGGACUUAGUAGAUGACUUUAGGAUACGAUUAACUCAGGUGAUGAAAGAAGAGACUAGAGCUUCCCUUGGCUUUCGAUAUUGCGCAAUUCUUAAUGCUGUGAACUAUAUCUCAACAGUACUAGCAGACUGGGCUGACAAUGUUUUCUUUCUACAGCUUCAACAGGCAGCACUGGAAGUCUUUGCAGAGAAUAACACUCUCAGUAAAUUGCAGCUGGGACAACUAGCUUCUAUGGAGAGCUCUGUCUUUGAUGACAUGAUUAACCUGUUAGAGCGUUUAAAGCAUGAUAUGUUGACCCGGCAAGUAGACCAUGUUUUUAGAGAAGUUAAAGAUGCUGCAAAAUUGUAUAAAAAAGAAAGGUGGUUGUCCUUGCCGUCUCAGUCAGAGCAGGCGGUGAUGUCCCUGUCCAGCUCAGCUUGCCCACUGCUGCUUACUCUACGAGACCGUUUACUUCAGUUGGAGCAGCAGCUUUGCUUCUCCUUAUUUAAAAUUUUCUGGCAGAUGCUUGUAGAGAAGCUGGACAUAUACAUCUACCAAGAAAUAAUUCUUGCCAAUCAUUUCAAUGAAGGAGGAGCGGCUCAGCUGCACUUUGACAUGACUCGGAACCUUUUCCCUUUGUUUUCCCACUAUUGCAAGAGACCAGAAAAUUAUUUUAAACAUGUAAAAGAAGCCUGUAUUAUUUUGAAUUUGAAUGUUGGUUCUGCUUUACUUCUGAGAGAUGUCCUGCAGUCAACUUCAGGGCAGCCUCCUGCUGCAGCAGCAUUAAAUGAAGUUGGUAUUUAUAAACUGGCUCAACAAGAUGUUGAGAUUCUACUUAAUUUGAGAACAAACUGGCCUAACACUGGAAAAUAAAGUGUCUUUAUGUUUUGGGAUUUUUUUCUGUUUGAACAAAGAGCAAGCCAGUUGGAUUUCAAAUUGUAUGAUCAAGUUCGGAAUUAAGGAAACUGGACAACUGAAGAAUGAAUCAUUUAUCAUCGUGGACUUACAAUGUUAUUAAAAUGCUGACCAUAUUUCCAGAGUCCUCUUGUUCCUAAGAAAAGAAAAAUUUCACAAGCCAUGAAAACUGAAGAGUAAUUCCAUUUACAAAUAUAAAUGAUGACUAUAUUUACUGAAGAAAAUACAAGAGCAGAGAUAAACUAUAAAUGACUUUUAAUUUCCUAUGCCAAUUAAGGGAGACUAUUGUAGGUAAUCUAACAUAGCAAAUAGAUUUUUUU